GUGAGCGAGCGUGAGGAGGCUGUGAUUGGUGACGCUGGAGCUGUGGAGGUGUCUCACAGCAGAGCCAGCCUCCCCCCGUGUAUCCUCCUCCUCCUCUCCUCUCCUGCACUUCACCUCUCCUCAUCUGUUACUCUACAGCUCGGUGCGGCUGUGCUCCCCUCUCUCCGCUCACAGUAUCCUCCCUCCUCCGUCUGGAAGCAUCCACAGCCCCGGAGCCCCCUCAGGACACGGGGUCACCUCCGCUCUGCACCUGGGUGGCAACUUACUGCAGACGUUUACUCGACUGGAUCAAGAGGACUUUUUUUUUUACAACCUGGAGGAACUUAGUUCUGUUUUCUGAGUGUGGACUGGGAACCUUUUUUUAUAAGCUCUGGUGUGAGAGGUGUUGUAAACAUCUGCAGGGCUCUCUCUGUCUCUGUCUCUCUGUCUCUCUCUCUGUCUCUCUCUCUCUCUCUCUCUCUCUCUCUCUCUCUCUCUCUCUCUCUCUCUCUCUCUCUCUGGUGUUUAUUGCUGGAAGAAAGGAGCCGCUGUGAGGUUUUUUACACGAGGAUUCACCUGGACUCUGAGGAGGCGAGCACGAUGGACUUCACUUACUUCUGGCUCAUCGCUACGACGAUGAUGUUGAUCCAUCAGCAUCAAGCUUCCACCGUCUCCAUCCCGAGCCCCACGGCGGAGGAGGGCCCCCUGGCGCAGCUCCCCCACACAGCCCACCGCCGUGAGAAACGCUGCUCCUGCGACAACCAGAAAGACAAGGAGUGCAUUUUUUUCUGCCACAUCGGGAUCGUCUGGGUCAACUCGCCGAGCCACGUGGUUCCUUACGGAUUCGGAUCCGUCCGGCUCAGGCGGGAGCUCGUACGCUGCUUCUGCACGGACACACAGGACGCUGAGUGUGUGAGCUUCUGCUCCGCCCACACGCAGACACACGGUGACGGUGCAGAGGUGACCGGGAAGUCUGACAAACGAUUGGAGAGAAACCCAGAUGCAUUAUGGGAAAAAAGGAGCCGGCAUGCACUCAAACAGCAGACCUGAGCGCCUCGAGGCCACACAUUAACGCAAUCAUCUAUAACAACACAUGGACCCUUUAGUUUGUCCUCCGGCCUCGGAUGGUGGGGUAGACGUGUACACUGUGUGUGUGUGUGUGUGUGUGUGUGUGUGUGUGUGUGUGUGUGUGUGUGUGUGUGUGUCUGUGUGUGUGUGUGUGUGUGUGUGUGUGUGUGUAGUGUGUGUGUGUGUGUGUGUGUGUGUCUGUGUGUGUGUGUGUGUGUGUGUGUCUCUGUGUGUGUGUGUGUCUCUGUGUGUGUGUGUGUGUGUGUGUGUGUGUGUGUGUGUGUGUCUGUGUGUGUGUGUGUGUGUGUGUGUGUGUGUGUCUCUGUGUGUGUCUGUGUGUGUGUGUGUGUGUGUGUGUGUGUGUGUGUGUGUGUGUCUCUGUGUGUGUGUGUCUCUGUGUGUGUCUGUGUGUGUGUGUGUGUGUGUGUGUGUGUGUGUGUGUGUGUGUGUAUCUGUGUGUGUGUGUGUGUGUGUGUGUAUCUGUGUGUGUGUGUGUCUGUGUGUGUGUGUGUGUGUGUGUGUCUGUGUGUGUGUGUGUCUGUGUGUGUGUGUGUGUCUCUGUGUGUGUGUGUCUCUGUGUGUGUCUGUGUGUGUGUGUCUGUGUGUGUGUGUGUGUGUGUGUGUGUGUGUGUGUGUGUGUCUCUGUGUGUGUGUGUCUGUGUGUGUGUUUUAUGGAAAUGUAUUGAUGGUGAAGCGUCAGGAGAGGAGUUGGCUGAUGACAGCAGGUUGUGGGAGUUGAACCUGUGACCUCUCUGUCAGCUGAUUUGUGGCUCUGAGGAAUCGACCACGCUGCUGCGACCACGCUGCUGCGACCAAGCUGCGGGGGAAACGGGGGCCUUGCGUUCACUUUUGACAUUUUAGAAUUCUGACUUGUUCAGCACUGUUGAACUUCACACCUCGACACUAACAACUCUUUUUUUUUAUUACACAGUAAAACGACUUUGAGUCAUGAUGUAUGUUUGGACGUUUUUUGCACAGAAUGAGACACUUUAAAAUCUCUGAGGAAACAACCAACUAAAUAAAAGUAUUUCAGGGAGGCCAAGCUGCAACGACCACAACUGAGAGUUAGACCCCUAGUGUUUAAAAUGGGUACUGCAGUCUAAAUUCAAAACAUUGUAGAGAGCUGUCCAUCACUCUUAGACAUUUUAUGCUGCUCCAAAUGCUACCUAGCUAGCUAUGUCAACAUUUAUCCAAAAGACGUCUCAUUUUGAUUCUACUUUGGUUUAAUUUAAGAAUCUUAAAGGAGCAGUAUGUAACUCUGCCCCCUAGUGUUUAAAAUGGGUACUGCAGUCUAAAUUCUAAACAUCAUAGAGAGCUACAAUUCUACAGUUCUCUUAUCAGACUCUUUUAUCCAAAGCGACGUACAUCAGAGAGUAAGAACAACACAAGCAAGGAUCUAGAAAAAAGGGAACAAUGUCAGUAAGAGCAAACGAUCAGCUUUGAGUCUGAUUGGACACACAGGUGCUGACAGGAAGUGACCAGAGGCAAAGCACAACAUUGAGGGCAGUUCUUGAGAGCUCUAAUCAGUAUAGAAACCAUCUUAUAAGUCGUCGUUAUCAAACAAAAACCAUCGUCAUUACCAUCAUCAUCAUCAAUAAUAUGGAGACCAUCAUCAUUAAGUUAGUAGGUAUUCAUGAAAGAGCUGGGUCUUUAGCUUUUUCUUAAAGGUGCAGAGGGACUCUGCAGAUCACAUGGAGUUUGGAAGUUCAUUCCACCACCGGGGGGCGACAGAGGAGAAGAGUCUAGUCAACGUCUUAGGACCCUGUUGUGAAGGUUGGAUCAGACGCCUUUCAUUCUCAGAGCGUAGUGGGGGAGGGAGUGUAGACC